AUGAUAAUGCGGUCUGCUUCCGUACUGAUAUGCAUACUUGGCAUCCAAUUGGCAUCCUCGUUUCCAUCGGAAUCUCUCAUUGGUGUAAUGCCGAUGGUCCGAGAUACACCUUCUGUGCAAGUACAAGAACAGAAGAUUGAGCACCUAGUUGGAGUCCGAAAUUUGGAUGGUCCAAGGAGACAAGCUUCCUCUGACGAAUUCGUAGGAAUCUUGUCUGCAUUCAAAACGAUGUCAGCAGGCGGACUACAGACGACACGUAAAGUUCGCAAAAUCUCCAAAACUCAAGGAUUUUGUGAGGGCAACAAGCAGUACUACAUCUCGUAUUGUAUGGGUAUGAUGAUGGAUCGUGAUGAAGCACAGCGAACGUUUCUGUUUCGUUUCUGUCCUUGGUAUGAGAACAGAUGCCUGCACAAUGAUGAUCGGUAG